CAGCUGGUGGUGUCGGGAUAUGAAAUGUAACCAAUAAAAAAAGUAUCUCACGCCAAGCGAUACUUUGUAACCAGUGCAGAAGACUGCACGCUUUGGACUCACACAUUGCACCUUCAAGAGGAAUACAACCUGAGCUUCGCGGGGCACUGCGCUACAAGGUUACUGAUGUGCAGUCAAAGAGAAGAAAAGCAGAGAAAUCUACACAUGAUGACUGCCGGACUGUGGCCAACGAAACACAUUGCUCCAGUUUCGUGAUGGCAUCGAUGUCCGACGUCGUGGCAAGAUUUUUCAAGUGAAGGGACAGCGCAUAUAAUUUUUAUUGACAGCGAAUGUCCACAGUAUUCAUAGACAAUUAUUGCCCUUUGCAGUGACAUUUCUGUGGAAUACGGAAGCAUCCGUAUACGGACACAAAUAAGAGGAAGGAUUACAGCUCCAGUGUUCAACAACAUAAAGGAGCCCACAUUACAGCUGGACCAAUAGAUCUUAUUAAUCUUUUACAACGAAAUGGGAAAGAAUACCUCUACUGCCUUAUAAGAUGUAUUCUCAACAUCGAGAAAGGGAGCAGCCAAUCUUCAGCGCCAGGGCCCAUGUGUUCCAGAUCGACCCGAACACCAAGAGGAACUGGAUCCCCGCCAGCAAGCAUGCCGUCACCGUCUCCUUCUUCUAUGAUGGCAACAGGAACGUGUACCGCAUCAUCAGCGUGGGUGGUACCAAGGCCAUUAUCAACUGCACCAUCACAGCUAGCAUGACGUUCACCAGGACCUCGCAGAAGUUUGGCCAGUGGGCGGACAGCAGGGCCAACACGGUCUACGGCCUGGGCUUCGCUACAGAGCAGCAGCUGCAUCAGUUUUCUGAGCGGUUUAAGGAGGUGAAAGAGGCUGCCCGUCUUGCACGUGAAAAGUCCCAGGAUAAGAUGGAGUUGGUCAACACUGCUCUCAGCAUCGCUGCCCCACAGUUCUCACAGGACCUCGGUGACGAGCUCCAGUCUCCGCCGGUGAUGUGUGUGAACGGUCCUGAGGACAAGAUGUUCCGCAGCCAAAGCGCAGACAUCACACUGUCUUCUGAGAAGGAGCGCAUUAAAAAGAUGCUUUCUGAAGGGUCUAUCUGUGAGAUGAACCUGGAGGCAGAGCUCUUCACCCUGCAGGACAGCAACUCCAAGCUGGUGGCAGCGUUACAUGAAGCUAAUACCAACGUGGAGCAGUGGAAGAAGCAGCUAGCUGCCUACCAGGAGGAGACGGAGAAGCUACGAGACCAGGUGGCUGAUCUGGAGGCACAUGGCGGCCAUGGCCCUAGUGACAUGCUGAAGGACGAGCUGACUCGUUCUCUGGAGGAACUGGAGGCCCUGCUCAAGGCUAAAGACGAGGAAAUCCACAUUCUGCAGGACAAGAAAUCAGAAUACCAUGAGAUGGAGCAGGAGAGAGAAGAAGCCAUACAUAGACUACAGGAGAUGGAGAUGCGUAACCUGGAGCUGGAGCGGCGGGUGCAGAAUGCCGAGCAGAACCUGGCCGCCUCCCUGGAGGAACGGGACCGCACGGAGAGUGAGGUGCAGAGGGCCAUCGAGAUCCUGGACGUCAAGCUCUUUGACCUGAACGACCUCCGGCAGAGCCUGGUCAAGCUGAUUGACAAAUGAUGCGAAAGAGAAGAGGGGUCUGUUGGGGACGGCCAAUGCAAAGAGAGGGAAGAGGAGGAGCUGGUCCUCUCCUGCUAUAAAGCACAACACUGCUUCUGCUGCGGGAAGAUGGCUGCAUCGCUGUACUGUACUUUCCAGCUUGUUAAGCAAUAGGUUGUGGUGUUACCUAGGCAGUGUUUCCCAACCCUGGUCCUCCAUUACACAUUUUUAUUGUAAUCUGGACAAGAACACCUGACUCAACUUGUCAACUAAUCAUUAAGCCCUCAAUGAGUUGAAUGAGGUGUUUGUCAAGGACUACAACGAAACUGUGUACUGUUGGGGGUACUGGAGGACCAGGGUUGAGAAACACUGACCUAGGCAGUGUAUCUGCUGUGUCCGGUGUUGUGCUGUAUUUCAUGUUGCUUUCUUAAGCAACAUUCAAGGCAAUAGUCUAAAUGCUAGGCUGUUUAUUUGAGAUUAGGAAUAUUGUCAAGAAUGAGAACAAUAAUAACAUCAUUAGGUGCUUGUAGAUUUUGAAUUCAACUGAUUUUAUACACAUUUGGUAAUGUAAUGGUAUAAUGAGCAAUGUGGAUGAUCUAUUUACAUUUUCCAGUGAGAUGAGUUGAUUUUGUUGUUGUUGAGAGAGAUCUUUCAGUGCAACCAAAGCAUGUAUUUGGAAAGGAGCAGUACAUGACGCAGAUGGAUAAUUUAAAAAAAUGUGGUUGACAGAAUUUCACAUCAAAUUAUCAUACAACUCAAGAUAAUGUGGUCCUCUGUAGCUCAGCUGGUAGAGCACGGCGCUUGUAACGCCAAGGUAGUGGGUUCGAUCCCCGG